AUGCGCACGCAUCGCGAUAUGAAAGGGCCACCGCAGCACGCGGCGGGCCCGCGCACCGCUUGCGCGCCGCCCGCCAUGGACGACAUGCCGGACCUGUCGCACCUCACGCCCGAGGAGCGCGCCAUCAUUGAGGGUGUCAUAAUGCGCCAGCGACAAGAGGAGCAGCGAGAACACGAGAUUAUGAGACGAAAACAAGAUGAAGUUGCAGUGCUGGAGCAAACUAUUCGUACAAGGAAUGAGAUGCACCGUGCUGCCGGCGUGGAGCUGGCCGCCACCUGCCACAUCUGUCUUAAAACCAAGUUCGCGGACGGAGUGGGCCACUCCUGCCACUACUGCAGAGUCAGAUGCUGCGCGAGAUGCGGCGGGAAGGUCACUUUGCGAUCUAAUAAGGUUAUAUGGGUAUGCAUACUCUGUCGCAAAAAGCAAGAACUUUUAUCAAAAACUGGUCAAUGGAUACAUAAAAGUGCCGGUCAAGAUUCAAUGCUAUGGCGUAUGGAAUCAGACUUAAGAGGCUUACCGCCUCAAGUGGAUGUUUCGUUGGACAAAAGACCCAAAUUAGAAAGGGCGCAUAGCGCUGCGGAAAAAGAAAACCAACCACUACAAAGAUCGGGGAGUGCCUUACGGAGGCAAUACAGCCAGCAGGAGGCACGGUGUUAUGGAGAGUUAGAAGGACUAGCCCGGACUCACCCUCAUCUGGUGCAUCCGCGACAAAAGGCGGCAUAUGGUGUGGAGGACUCUGGAGCAUCCCUUCCGGCCACGCAGCUGCUGCCUCUGCCUCAUACCGGCGUGCAUCCCCCUUUGCCGCCUCGUUCGUCGUCAUCAGACGAUGAGGUACCGGAAUGCAUCUCCGAUGAGAACGACGAGUAUCGCGAUCGUGGACAACUUGAGGCGUGUUCAUCUCUCCGGCACCCGCACCUGCGCAGCACCAGCGUGGCUGCCAACAAUUAUUACAAUUUGACUAAUCAUUCGCCGGCCUCGUACAUGCCGGAGGCGCGCGGAGCGUUCGAUUCGGCAAGAACGGCGCCGACCGGCGGCCGUAGCUUCGACUCGGUCACAGACUGUCGGUGGCGCGCUCGCGACGACGGCGAGGGUUCGUACUUACGGCCGUACGUCCCUGACGGGUGUCCGCGUCCCGAUCGUGCCGUAUAUAAGAGUGCCUACUUGUGGGAAGAUUCCUCCGAUAACAGACGUUUCACGGAGAGGAGAAAAAAAACUGUGCGCUUCGACGGGCACGAGGGGGCUGCGACGUUCCCUCGCGGCGGUCGCGACGCGUCCGGCGCUCCGCACGACUGGGCCUCCUUGCGCUGGGAGUCCGAGCGGCAGACGAGCCAAGACUCCGCCACUAAAGACUCGGGCAUCGAUACCUCUAGCACUUUUACUUCCAGUGAAGACUCGAACAGGGGCGAUUGCCCUAAGUUUCCACUGAACUGGCAAGUAUCCGCUGAUGGUACACGUAUGGUGGGACACAUGGUUUUACGCAAAGCCAUAGUGGAAGGCAAUUCUCACUCUUCAGCGGCUAUUCUAGGGCUGAAAGUAGUUGGAGGCAAGAUGCUGCCGGACGGUACACGUGGUGCUAUUGUAGAAAAAGUCAAGAAAGGUUCUAUAGCGGACUUGGAAGGACAACUUCGAAUAGGAGAUGAAGUGUUACAAUGGAGUGGAGUGCCGCUUCAAGGGCGCAGUGCUGAGGAAGUUGCAGCGAUAGUGGCUAACAGCAAACAUGACUCGCACGUCGAGCUCGUGGUCUCACGCCUGCUGGCACCACCCCGACCUGUGCAAUCUUGGAGAGGUCAUAAAGAAGUAUACACGGAGAUUAUGGGUGGAUGCGAAAAACCUAGCGUACUUGUGACGUCACCAGGCUCUCCCGACAUGCACUCCAGACGACGCUCGGCGCGUCACAAUCACCAUAAUGUCAGCGUCACUGGACGCAUACAGCUCAAAGUGUAUUUUGAUAUUCCGGCACUACAGCUACUUGUAACUGCGGUAUCAGCCUGUGGUUUAAGUCCAAGAACUGAUGGCUCCACUCGCUGCCCGUAUGCUAAAAUCUUUUUACUCCCCGAUAAAAGUGAGAAGAGUAAACGUCGUACUAAAACAAUAGCAAAUACAUUGGAACCACGAUGGAACCAGACAUUCGUAUAUUGCGGAAUUAGAAUAACUGAUAUCAAAAAACGAACUUUAGAGGUGACAGUUUGGGACUUAAAUCGGUACGGCCCCAAUGAUUUUCUUGGAGAAGUUCUCCUUGACCUAGACAAUAUUGUAAUGAACCAUGAACCUAAUUGGUAUAUUCUGAAACCUCACGAAGAAACCGGUGGAUAUAGUCGCUACCGAGAUGAGGAUAUAGACGGGGAACACCUGUCGCCGCCGUCGACGUCCACGUCGCGGCUCUCCGACUCCGACACGCCCAGCGAGUGCGACUUACGGCGGCACCACUCGCUGUCCAGCCUCGCCUCCAGCUCGAGUCCACCACCACCACACGAGAUUGAAGGCACGCGAUGCAGCCGACGAGAUAUGUCUCCAGCUGGUCGAGUGAGAACGGCCGGACUGUCGAGGGAGCGAAGCGGCUACGUAGCGCGGUCGCAGUCGGCGGCGGGCGGGCGCAGCGCGUCGCCGCGGCGUUCGCUGUCGCCCCCCAACUCCGCCCCGCGUUAUCCAGUGUGCGAGGAGCGCGGGGACACGCGCCUGCCGACGCACGCGUACGCGCCGCGAUUCCAGUCGCGCUCCGCCACCGCCACGCCCACCACCAGCCCCAAGAAGCGGCAGCUACCGCAAAUACCACACCAGCAGAGUGGGCAGCGGGCGAUGCGCGCGCAGGUGUCUGCGGACCUUGAAGAACGUAAGUGGAUCGCCCCGCACCACAUUGGCGCCACACUUACCUACCGCAGCACGCCACAAGGGUGGGAGAGACACUAUGCCGGGUUGUCGGACUCGGAACUGGCACGAGGCGGCGGCUGGGCGCCGCGGCGCCGCCUCUCCCCAGACGCGACGGCCGCAGACUCAGACCUCGAGUCUGUCGCUUCCGUCACUUCUAGUGCUUUCAGCACGCAAUCCGAACGCCCACGUCCCACGAGGAUGCUAAGCCGGAUGCAAUCGCUUCCAGUUUCCAGCACUUCCUUUUGCUUUGACCCUGCUCUUGAGUGUCGUUACGGACCGACUGUUGGAAAUAUUAAUAGUGAAUAUGACAUAUAUAAUGAUCGUCGCCUAUCUAUUCUAAAAACGCAUCAUUCACGUUCUACCCGUCGCCAUCGUCGUUCCUUAGCCCGCAGUCGCUCUGCUGGUGCCUAUUCUAAAGCUUCAACUCAUUCUAUUGCUUACGAUAGAAGUUACAGCUACGAUGAUGAUCAAGGACAGUAUAUAAACAUAAACCACAUUUCUCAAUCAUUAAAACCUAUAACUUCAUUUUCCCUAACUACUAGUGCAUAUGAUGUACGAGGGGGUGAUACACCUAAUUUACAUGUUCCAUUUAAAACACGGACUCAAAAAAAUCUGUCAAAAAGGAAGAUUCGAAUUCAACCAAGUCUUUCUUGUGACCAAUACAUUAAAAAUGAUCAUCCUUACGACAAAAUAGAUAGACAAAAACGGUUACUGAACACAGAUAGUACAAAAGUAUUCCACAUCAGAACUUUACCAGAUACUCUAAUCUGCAAUAACAACGAAGAAAUAUUUCCUAAAAGUAACUAUGAUUCUGAUACACGAGUCAACGAUGAUGCCGGUCAUCACUAUCACGGUUAUGCUAGUGAUGACAGUAUACCUGAAACUACGAUACACGUUAAUAGCGAUAAACAAAACAGUUUUGACAUUGAACCAUAUAUUGUACAUCGAGGGGUAACAACUAGCCCAAGAGUUGGUGAUAGGAAUAAAAGUUUUCAUUCUUGUCCCUAUAUAAAACAUAUGGAUAGGAAAAAUAUAUUGUCGCUAGAUUUAAGAUCAAAUUAUCAAAAAAAGCAACAAAUCGAAUCUUUUCUUUCUAAACAAAACAAUUUAGAUCACAAUAAACAUUACCAAAAAAGUAAUAGAUUCAUUAAAAUUAGUAGAAGUCAUUCAGAUUCAAUAGUUUCUACUUGUAGUUCACCCGCUAAUACUAAUUGUGGUAUACCCGAAAAAGAUAGUGCGAUUUUUAAUAAAAUGAAUCAUUCAUCAAGAAAUGAACAAAUUUCUGAAAAAAUUCUUAAUAAUGAAAAAACAUACUACUAUGUAUUAGAAAAUUGCCAUCCUCAUAACACGCAAUCAAACCGAUCAUCGUACAGUAUAAACCAUGCUUUUGAUCCUUCAUCUCCUAAAGUUGAAUCCUAUCAUUUAGUCCAAGAUUUUAGUAAAAUGGCUAAUUCUUUAUCUGUUGGUCUUUCUCCCACGAACCUCGGCUCGCCCUGUGGUCUGCUUACAUCCGUCGCCCCGCACUUACCACCCGAUGACACUCAUCACAAAACUACCGAAGCGACGACAUACCUUCCUGAUGAUGCUGACUCUACGCAACCUGAUGAAUCGAAAACGCCUUAUAUUGCACCAAAUUGGGAAAACGAUGACACACUGCAAUAUAAUGAAAAAAAAACUAUAAAAAACUUAAAUAAAACAUUGGAAAAUAAUGUCGACCCGACUGACUUGGAAAGCAGCAAUGACUACGGUGGGCGUGAGAAUGGGCGAAACCACAGCCAACAACAACCUUUGGAGAGGCGGGAGUCGCGACGGGGACAAUUUACGCGCAGUCUUAGUAAUGCAGACGCUCCUGAUGAAAAAGCAGAUGGCAGCCUCAGCGACACUGCUCUGGGUGGAGCAAGUGAAAUAGAACCUGCCAGUGACGACGUACUUCUAAAGGCUGAACCGAGGGAUUAUUUUGGCCCUGGAAUGGGAAAGAAGAGCAACUCUACAUCCCAACUUUCCGCAACAGGACGAAAAAGAAGGUUAGGUUUCGGUAAGCGAGGAAAAAAUUCGUUUACGGUACAACGCAGUGAAGAAGUGGUGCCCGGGGAAAUGCGGGGGGUUACCGGUGUUUCGCGGGCCUCUUCUGCCUCGAGCGAGAACGACGACGACAGAUGGUCUCCUGGAAUGCGGGGAUCAGGGUCUUCCGAAGGAGGAGGAUUAUCGGACUUCAUCGACGGACUGGGUCCAGGGCAGCUUGUCGGUAGACAGCUGCUUGGUGCACCAACGUUGGGCGAUGUGCAACUCUCUAUGUGCUACCAAAAGGGCUUCCUAGAGGUGGAGGUGAUAAGAGCGCGAGGAUUGCAAGCGAGGCAAGGCAGCCGCACGCUGCCCGCGCCCUACGUGAAGGUGUACCUGGUGAGCGGCAAGCGCUGCAUCGCCAAGGCCAAGACGAACACAGCGCGUCGCACGCUCGACCCGCUGUACCAGCAAACACUCACCUUCAGGGAAAACUUUAAGGGAUGUGUUUUGCAAGUAACCGUGUGGGGAGAUUAUGGUCGUAUCGAGGGUAAGAAGGUAUUUAUGGGUGUGGCACAGAUCAUGCUGGACGACCUCAACCUCUCCAACAUCGUCAUCGGAUGGUACAAGCUAUUCGGAACCACGUCACUG